ACGCAAAGUUUUUGUUUUAGUCAGCUUUUUGUUGUCAAGGUAAACUGCAAAGUUUCCAAGAUAUUGUACAUUAUAUGGAUUAUGACAAGUUUUUUAAUAACAUUUUCUUAAUGUUAAAAUUAGAUAUCAAGCAUCAUGUUAACAUCAUGUUAACUGAAUGUUUUACAUCCUAUGGACGCAGAUCUUGACCAAGCUCUAAAAAGGGUCACCGAUGAACUCCAUGAUCUUUAUAUACCAACUGGAGUGGGUACUGUUGAGAAACCAGUCACUCCCUCCCAGAUACUAUCAUUUUACCGGAAAUAUGUUCAGAAGAACAUUCCUGUUAAGAUAACAGGUUGUACUGAUGACUGGCCGGCAGUAACAAAAUGGACAGAUGAAUAUCUCUCGUCUAAACUAGAAGAUACAGAGGUUACAGUCGCUAUUACUCCUAAUGGGCUAGCUGACGCUAUCUUUGAUGGACAGUUCACCUUACCCUUCGAGAAAAAAGUAAAGUUCAGUGAGUUAGUUACAGAGUUAAACAAUCCUGCAGAGGACCGUGUCCUUUACUUGCAACAACAGAACAAUAGUUUCAAUACUGAGUUCCCCAAACUAAUGGACGAUAUAGAGCCUGCUCCUGAGUGGAGUUCCCAGGUAUUUGGAACUGAUCUUGAUGCAGUAAACUUCUGGAUGGGCGAUGGUAGAGCAAUAACAUCUUUACAUAAAGACCCCUAUGAGAAUGUGUACAGUGUAAUCAGAGGCAGUAAAACCUUUACACUCUACCCACCCUGCGAUAGACUCAAUCUCAGAUACAGAUAUUAUCCCUUAUCUAGAUACGGCGAGGGCGGUGAUCUUAUCCCUGAGGAUGGAAGUGUACCCUGGAUUGAUAUAGACCAGAGAGACCCACUGUGCGGUGAUAACAGUAAUCUACACCCUGUGGUGGUGACGGUGCGUGCUGGAGAGACGUUAUAUCUACCCUCCUACUGGUUCCAUCAUGUUACACAGACGCAUUCUACUAUCGCUAUAAACUAUUGGUACGACAUUGACUAUGGUCCAGCUUACGGUUUAUUCAAAAUGUACGACGAACUGGCUAGACUGAAAGAGUGAAGUUGAAACAGUUUUAAAUUAUUUAAUUUAUUUUUACAGGCUCACAGUUUAUAUUAUGAAGCAUUAAGAUUAAAAUGAUUGUAAAGUUCUGUC